ACCAAGCCUCUUUGACGGACCGUCAUAAUAGGAGGAAGAGACAUUACACGAGUUUUUUUGUAACGUAGAAGAAUUGAGGACGCCAAAGAAUUCUCUGCGAGUCAGCUUGUCAACGCGCAGAACCUUCUGGCCAGGCGCAAGGCACAUUCAUGCAAAUUUCAUAGGCGUGCCUUCGGGCGAUGGGGUCACAGGCGGAACUCCCACGAGCCUGAUAUACAAACCAGUUCGAUACAAAUGAUCAGCAGAAGUAAGCUUCGCUCGCAGUGUAGUCGGUUAAGUGGAUAUUUCAUGCGGACGAGACUGACGGAAGCGUCCGGGAAACGAAAAAGUGAAGCAUCGGAGAAGACCCACUAUUACUCCCCAAUAUCUAACUGUGCUGCAGUCAGACGCCUGCAAUCCGCAACACCUCAGCAAGUUUAGUAAGGCAACGACAUUUGCAUCGAUGUAAUUGAUUUUUUUAUCUGCGACAUCACGGACGCACGAAGCAACACAUUUAUCAGGCUUCUGGCUACCAAUGCAGAAAACUAAAACAGGUUAAUACUCAGAUUACCACGAUUACAAAGAAGACAUAUCCAACCUUUUUGCCAUUUUUAAACAACGCUUUACGAUGGCUGACGACGAUAUUAGUUUAGAGAAUAGCGAUGCGACUGGCAGUAGUUGCAAUUUUAGUGUUCUAAGCUGGGAGCAAGUGCAGCGUCUGGACAGCAUCCUAACGGAGACCAUACCCAUCCAUGGUCGGGGAAACUUUCCUACUCUGGAGAUGAAGCCCCGCCAAAUCGUCAAAGUGGUUCGCAGUCGCAUGGAAGAGCGAAACAUACAUGUACGAGAUGUGCGUCUAAACGGCUCCGCAGCGAGUCAUGUUCUGCACGAAGACACCGGACUCGGAUACAAGGACUUGGAUCUCAUAUUUUGUGCUGACCUGAAAAGCGAGACGGAAUUUCAAAUGGUCAAGGAUAUUGUUUUGGACUGUCUACUUGAUUUCUUACCGGUUGGAGUGAACAAGGAGAAAAUUACUCCAUUGACCUUAAAGGAGGCGUAUGUACAGAAGAUGGUGAAGGUGUGCAAUGACUCGGACCGGUGGAGCCUCAUCUCACUGUCCAACAACCGUGGCAAAAAUGUGGAGCUGAAGUUUGUGGACUCACUGAGGCGGCAGUUUGAGUUCAGCGUGGACUCCUUCCAGAUCAAGCUCGACUCCCUGCUGCUGUUCUACGAGUGCUCCGAGAACCCCAUGACCCAAACGUUCCACCCCACCAUCAUCGGCGAGAGCGUCUACGGCGACUUCAGCGCCGCGCUGGAGCACCUGCGCCACCAGCUGAUCUGCACGCGGAACCCCGAGGAGAUCCGCGGCGGCGGCCUGCUCAAGUACUGCCACCUGCUGGUGCGCGGCUUCCGUGCCGCCUCCGAGUCCGAGAUGAAGUCGCUGCAGCGCUACAUGUGCUCGCGCUUCUUCAUCGACUUCUCGGACAUCGGCGAGCAGCAGCGCAAGCUGGAGUCCUACCUGCAGAACCACUUCGUGGGCCUGGAGGACCGCAAGUACGACUACCUGAUGACCCUGUACGGGGUGGUCAACGAGAGCACCGUGUGCCUGAUGGGCCACGAGAGGCGGCAGACUCUGGGCCUCAUCGCCAUGCUGGCAGUGCGCGUGCUAGGCGAGCAGAACGUCAUCCCGAACGUGGCCAACGUCACCUGCUACUACCAGCCGGCGCCCUACGUGGCAGACGCCAACUUCAGCAACUAUUACAUCGCCCAGGUGCAGCCCAUGUUCCCGUGCCAGCAGCACGCCUACUCUACCUGGCUGCCGUGUAACUGAGGCGUAUGCUGACAGACUGAGAGAGGAAAAAACUAGAGAGGCAGAGAGAAAAGCGUUUGUUCGGACAGGAGCUGGGUGAUUGGCCCGAGUCUGUCCUGUGUUUUGUUUUCAGUUGAAAUCAGCUAGAGAAAGAAAGGAAAAAAAAAAAAAAGGUUUGUGUCUCUCUUUGUUCCCGGCCUGACACCCAGGCCCCCGCGCUUUCCGUGUGUAUCACAGCUUGAACGUGACGGAUCGGGCUUGUUUGGUCUCCAGCUCCUGUGAGGUCCCCCUUCCCCCCACCACCUCCUCCUCCCCUGGCUCAGUGCAUGGUGCUUCUCUGUUGGUGAGACCGUUACUACGGCGACCUCUCUUCAAACAGAACCUGGGGUGGGCCGUGUGUUGUUGCCCCUGCUCUCUCCGCGCAUGCAGUGCGGGCCAGGGUACCUCUUGCCUGAGGUCAACCGAGUUCUUUUAGCUAAGAACACUAGCAGCUGUUUCCACGCCUGCCACUGUAGAGCCUGACCCAGGAUCAGGUGAGUCUCCUACGUAUCUUGAGAGAAGAAUAAUUCAAAAAGAAAAAAAGAAUUUGUGUGAAUUGAGAACAUGAAAGAUGUGGCGAGUCUGAUGGACUAAAAAGGGAACGCUUCCGAGGCACCGUGGCUUUUUUGUGUGAAGGCUGCCUCGCAGACUGCAUGUGUGAAGCCGCCUUGCUUUCUGUAGAAUGUGUGCUAGGUGAGUCAGGCUGAGGGCUCACAAAAGCAGGGGUAGAGCACAAAACCUGAGCCCCCCAUGCCUUUUCAACCCCCCUUUGAUACAGCUACAGGGGUCUUAGUCAACCAUAGUGAUGUGACUGUCACUGACUCCACAAGAAACACAUCCAAAUGGACAUGGCUUAUACACCAAAGAUUUGACAAAUAUUUUUCCUUGUUUUUUUUUUUUUUUUUUUAAAGAGACCUACAUUUUAGGGAGGAAAACAACAUAAUUAUCAAUGUCUAUAUUUGUAUAUGUGACCAUAUCUUCUAAGUGCCUGAAGCCUUGUUUGGUGAAUGACAUGAAAUAGACUUUUGUUUUUAUUUUUGGGACUUAACCCUGUCUGUUUUAUGAUCAACCCCACAACACAUUGAUAGUUUGUGAACAUUGUGAAAGAAUGUAAUGCCUGGAACAGUCCAGCAGUUUUUUCUGAUUUGUGCAGCCCGUGCAUAUGGGUAGAUGUAUAUUUUUUGCAAGACAAGUGGGGCUCUGUCCAGUGUAGGCACCUUAGAGAAGCGAUGAGAUUAAGAUGUUUAUUGCCAUGCCCCAGGACGUUUCAGGACCGCAGCGAUCUGAGAGAGAAACGCUGAAACCCCUUAGUGUUAGCAGCUCAUUAAUUUAUUCUCUAAUCAGCACAUCUCGUGUCACUUCAAGCAGUUUGCACUGACAAAACCUAUACAUCACUCGAGUUCUAUUUCUGUAAGACAGCAGUGAAUUACAGGAAUUGGUGGACAGCAAAGUGAAAAAUCUUGGGCCAUUCACUACCGAACCGAAAGCAGUGAUGUGUGUGUGAAUGUGUGUGUGUGUGUGUGUGUGUGUGUGUGUCUGUGAGUGUGUGUGUGUGUAUGUUUGGAGGGGUUGGCAUUGUCGCGAUAUUUGCUGAGGCACUGGGAGCGGACGAGAUUCUGUUUACUGUAGCAGCCAUGCAGGGAAUUUGGCAGCUUUAGCUGAAGCGGUUGGACUAAGACGGGCUGUGUUUGAGCGCACUCUCUCUCACGCUCUGAACAGGGUCCAACACAGCCAUGCCACGCUGACCCCACGUUGACCUGUCGCUGGUCGAAUACCGCCCAGCCGUCCGAUAGACUUCACGACAGAGAGAGACGAUCAGAGAGCCCUGAAGUGGAAGAGAAGAAGUGAGGGAUUGAUCCAGAAAACGAAAGAGGGAGACAAAGGACGAAGGAAAGGGAGGGCUUGGUGAGAUGGGCUCAACUGGUGAAGGGGUUUGUCCCGCAAGCGAAAAUAUUUUCUCUGCAAAAAGGCCUCAAUCAGAACCACAGAGUUACCAAACUUGGAGGAAAGGAAAGAUAUAUACAUAUAUAUAUAUAUAUACAGUAUAUACACAGAGAGGGAGAGGCAAGCAAAAGGGACGCGCAGUAAUCUUUCCCUUUGUGGUGAAUUUAGGAGAAAAAAAUUAGGUGCUCAAGUCCAGUCCUGCUCCACCUUUGGAUGAUGCUUUGAUGAAGUGUUCUACUUGCUCACCUACUUCCUCGUGUCCCAGUGCAGACAGUCCUGCUAAUGUCUCUUACUGCCCUCUUGAUUAGGAGAUAAUUACCCCGUGGUUGUGCUGUGAGCUCAUGGGUAAUGACUCAUAGGCUAAACUAAUGCCUCAUGUCAUUUUUUAACAUAGCAUCCCCCGGGUUAAAUGCUACACGACUAAUUAAAGUUAAUUUAUGCUGUUCGUGUGCAGCAGUUGAUCCUCGCUUUCAAAUGUAUGGUACUUUUAUUUUCCUUCGUUGUUUACACUCAGAUGCAUGUUUGUAAUGUUUUCACUGUGCAGAGCCAGGUUUUCAGAAGCAGUGUGUGUGUGUGUGUGUGUGUGUGUGUGUGUGUGUGUGUGUGUGUGUGUGUGUGUGUGUGUGUGUGUGUGUGUGUGUGUGUGUGUGUGUGUGUGUGUGUGUGUGUGUGUGUGUGUGUGUGUGUGUGUGUGUGUGUGUGUGUGUGUGUGUGUGUGUGUGUGUGUGUGUGUGUGUGGUGGGGAGCGUGGGGUUGUUCCAGGCAGGCCCGUUUGGCCUUGGAGCUCUCUGCUCAGAGCAGCUGAUCCCAUCUCAGCGCAACUCUCCUCCUCUCAGCUCUGCUGAACACACCAUUCUCCACUCUGUGUUGGUCCGUUUGGUCUGUGCCGAAUCAACUCGCUACAGUUUACCAGAGAUGGGUCUCAUUUACAGUGUAGUUCAUAUAUCUAUAUAUUAAGACCAUUUUACACUCUGAUUCUUGUGAUGUCAGUGCUUAUUUUUUCUCUGAUUCCUGGUCACCAGUGUUCAGCCUGAUUAAUCUUCAUAUUUCACUCAUUUCCGUUUUCUUUUGUGUUUGCUUGUUUUUGUACAUGUAACGGUAACCUGUGGAUUGUGGGGAAACGAGAGCGCACCCUAAGCCCUUUGUGAGGUGAUAAAGGUGGAUGAGCAUCGCUAGACCAGUGCUCAGGUCUUAGCGAUCAGUGAGGAGUGUUGCACAUAGUUCUCAUUUACUGUUGAAAAAAAAAGGUUGACAAAUUUAUGAAAGCUUUGUGUUUUUUAAAAAGAAAAUGAUUAUUUUUUAUAACUGUAUCUGAUGCUUUAAAUAAAUGUUGCUUUUUGAAAA